ACAAAAUUAAUUUAUUAACUAAAAAAUAAAUAAAUAAACAAAUAGAAUUAAUAGUUAUCAGUAAGUAAAUAAGUAAAUAAAUUAGUCAAUAAAAUGCAAGAAUUUGAUGAAAGUAGAUACAAUAUUCCUUCUAUAAAAGUAACUCCUUAUAGCUCAUAAUUCUUAGAACAUAAAAGAUGUUUUGAAAUAUGCGCAAGAGAUAUGACUAAAAAUUAAUUAGAUGAAAAGGAAUAAUUAUGUGCUAAAAAUUGUUUGAGCAAACACUUCUAAGCUUAGGUUUUUCUUUCAUAAAAAAUGUAUUCAGAAUUUGUUAAAUAACUCUAAAUGUCUCCUGAAUACCAAAAAGCAUUUGCUAAAUCAGGAGAUGGCCCUAAUUUUAAUGUUAAAACUAAAUGA